CAUUCGUAUUACAGCCCAACAAAAUAAGGGUAUCUGAAAUCAACCCCUCAAAUAAAAACCCUAGAUCGGCCAUUAGGGUUUUUAUUCUUCUCCGCUAAGCUCAUUCCCUCUCCAUCUGCACCCUCGGCUGCUAUCUCAAACUUCAAAAAUGGCACCGGAGAAGAAGUUAUCGAACCCUAUGAGAGACAUCAAGGUGCAGAAACUUGUUCUCAAUAUUUCUGUUGGUGAGAGUGGUGAUCGUCUUACCAGAGCUGCUAAGGUGUUGGAGCAACUUAGCGGUCAGACCCCUGUUUACUCCAAAGCCAGGUACACUGUCCGAUCCUUCGGUAUCAGACGUAAUGAAAAGAUUGCUUGCUAUGUUACUGUCAGAGGUGAGAAGGCUAUGCAGCUUCUUGAAAGUGGUUUGAAGGUCAAGGAGUACGAGUUGCUAAGGAGGAACUUUAGUGACACUGGUUGCUUUGGAUUUGGUAUCCAAGAACACAUUGAUCUUGGAAUUAAGUAUGAUCCAUCUACUGGUAUUUAUGGGAUGGACUUCUACGUUGUGCUUGAGCGCCCUGGUUACCGUGUAGCCCGUCGCAGAAGGUGCAAGUCACGAGUUGGAAUCCAGCAUAGGGUCACCAAGGAAGAUGCCAUGAAGUGGUUCCAGGUCAAAUAUGAAGGAGUCAUUCUCAACAAGGCCCAAAAUAUUGGCUCUUAAGAUUUUUCUGAGUAUGUUUGAUGCAGCUUUAGUGAAAAAAGGUUUUAUCCCAGUAGGGGUUUGUCGCAACUUUACCGAAAAAAAGGUUAAAUGAUUUUGUAGUUUUGUUCUCUGAAUUGCUGGAUCAAUGGUUCUGGAAUUUUUGUUCCAUGUUGCAUUUUGUAUACAGAUAUCUAUCUUAUUCUUAUUUAACAGUGAUUGAGUGCUUGCUUGCCUGAUC